AUGGCCUGGUUGCGACUCGUUGCGCUAUUAGCGCCCGUCUUCAUUACCUUACUCCCUCCUGUCGCAGAGGCUCAAUAUUAUCAAGAUUACAUGCCUGACACCACUACCCCUGGAGCCUACUUAUAUCGCGCUGUCCCGAACCAGACUCCAUGGCGCGUUAUCAACGUCGAGCCUUACACCGUUUACUUGUCCUACAACUGCCACUACAUGAGAGAGAUUUGCAAAAAUGUCGAGGCAUUCCAGGCCGACCCGCGGUGGCAAAAUCUGCAUCCCUUAAGUGGAAUCAGCAAUAAUGUAUAUGGCUACGAUCUAGAUACGGGCGAGGACCAUUCUCACCAAGAGUCGCGCCGUUUAGCCUCUUGUCCAGGAGACUGGAAGUCUGACCACCGUUGCCCGGAAACAGACCAGAGCAAGCCCAUGCGACAAAAUGGCGAGUGGUUCACAACGGCACUGGAGCCGGGAACAGAUGAGAACGUGUUAGAGCACCUGCGUGAUUCUAAUAACAACAUUAUUGCACAGUCUGGUAUCCGUUACUCGUGCGAUGAGUUCCCACCAGCGACCUGGGUUGAGGGCGGAAACGGCUGGGAUCGAAAUUCCCCUGCAAAGACGAGAUGCGCUGCGAUCGCUUGCGCGCAAGGCGUCAAGGCUGAGCAAAAUUACAACCCAGAAUGGGAUAGUGACAAGUCAAUCCUCCUUUUCCGAUUUCUUAAAGAGGAUAACGGCGCAGACGGGGUUGCAGCUAUUGUGACAACCACGAGAGAAGACCGCAACGCCGAAGAGGCCGUUUCCUUUUUCCCUAUCACUCAAGCAAAACGCAGUGCAACCAGACAGUCUGCCCUGACUGGUCCGGGGCUAACAUCGGAGGAGCUCAAGGCUCGAGUGAAGGCAGGGAGGGCCUAUCAAACGCAAAUACACGAGAAUCUGACGAUUACCAAGCAAGGCCUGGAGCAUCGAGACACUUUCAAGCACGACUACCUUCAGAUGCGUGACAUAGCUCGGCUGGACAACUCGAAUUCAGAGGUCGAUGUGACCCUUCUCAGGCCCGAGCUGGAGUCGCCCGAGCUUAGGCUCCGAAGUGCACAACUCCCUCCCAGAAUCGUGCCGCUGGUCAGGAACGCGACGUCCUCGGAGCUGAAUGCGGCUCGGCGCAUUGUAGAACAUGCUCGUGCCGAGUCAGACAGGCUAAACAGGGCUCGAUUGGCGAACCCGCUUCGCAGUAGAUACUUUUACGGGAGAGAGAACAACACAGUUACGGGGGCUGCCGGUGUGAAGGCCCUGCGCGACAGCGGCACCCAAUUCGAGCAUGCCAACCAGGCCGUAAUGGUGCUACCGCCACCACUCCUGCCAAUUACUGAUGAAAUUGCUGCAGCAGCGGCCUUGGUCGCCGAGGCGGACCUAAAUACCAACCGUGGCAACUGGACGAGGCGUGCGGCCGCAGCCGGCAAGGGAACAUUUUGGAUGCAAAAGCUAACAUGGACUUUCACACUAGUAUCGCACGGAAAGGCACUGUACCUUGGGGAAAUGAUACUUCCUAUGUACGUCUACAUCAAGAAAUUUGUUAUGUCACUGCCUAACCAAAGCAUCAAGGUUAUCUUCAGAAACGUUCUGGACUACGGAGCAGUGGGCGAUGGAGUCACUGACGAUACGAAAGCAAUCAAUAAGGCCAUGGGAACUAACAGCACUCGAUGCGACCGCGGUUGCAACGGGUCAACGACAAAGAACGCCAUUGUCUACUUCCCACCCGGAAAGUACCUCGUCUCAUCUACAAUUGCCAUGCCCUUUGGCACUCAGGUUAUUGGAGAUGCUAAUGACCGCCCGACGCUCGUAGCAGCUCCAUCAUUUGUCGGCCUGGGCGUGCUGUCCACCGAUGAGUACACAGGUGCCGAUGGUGCUGGUAUCGACGGCAAAGACCCCGAAUACUUUGUCAACACGGCCAAUUUUUAUCGUCAGAUUCGCAACAUCAGAAUUGACAUCCGAAAGGUCAAGGAGGGUUCUGUCAUCACAGGCAUCCAUUAUCAAGUCGCUCAGGCCACGAGCACGCAAAACGUUGAGCUCAUAGCCCAGUCUGGCACAGACCAGAUUGGUAUGUAUGCUGAAAACGGCAGCGGCGGUAGCAUCUCCGAUAUCACCUUCACCGGCGGGGGCGUUGGCCUCAAGGCGGGUAGCCAACAGUUCACAGCGCAGCGCCUCAACUUUGACGGCUGUGAUGUGGGUAUUCAAGUCAUCUGGGACUGGGGCUGGGUAUGGAAAUCAAUUACCAUGAAGAAUGUGGGCAUUGGCUUCAAGCUUGUCGGCGACGGCGGCGUUGGAAAUAGACUUACAUUCUUUCUCCUAGUUGGCUCUGUCUCGAUUUUGGACUCGUCCUUCACCGGUGCCAGCAAGGCCAUCGUCGUCAAACGCAUCGAGUCCGCUCCUGGUAAAGGCAGUACAGGAAUAUCUCUCGAGAAUAUCGCUCUCUCGGAAGUUGAAGUGGCUGUUGCUGACACAACUGGCGCAACGCUCCUGGCUUCAUCAGCCCUCAUCGAUCAGUGGGCUGUUGGCCCCAUCUAUGAGGGCUCGACGAGUGCUCGCUCCUUCUCCCCCGGCGGCAAAGCCGGAAAAUUUCGACGGGUCUCAAAACUCCUAGAUUCGAAUGGAAAUUAUUUUGAGCGUGCGAGACCACAGUAUGAGAGCCGACCUGCGUCGGCAUUCAUACACACCAAGGACCUUGGCUGCCAGGGCGACGGCUUGACCGACGACACGGCGGCUUUCCAGGCCGCUCUUUAUGCCAGUGUGGGGAAUAUCUUAUUUAUCGACGCCGGGACUUAUAUCCUCACCUCGACCGUUGUCAUUCCACCGGGAUCCAAGAUUGUGGGCGAGACCUGGUCACAGCUGGCCGCAUCGGGACCUUACUUUUCGGACGCCAACAACCCUAAGGUCAUGAUCCAAGUCGGACAGGCUGGACAGAUCGGUAAUGUAGAAAUGCAGGACCUUCUUUUUACGACCCAUGGUCCGACAUCCGGUGCCAUUCUCGUUCAAUGGAACCUAAGAGCCGAGUCUCAAGGUGCUGCAGGUUUGUGGGACUGUCACGCAAGAGUGGGAGGCGCACUUGGCACAAAACUCACGCCUGUUGAGUGUCCUGCCGCUACAAGUGGGAUCGAUCCAGGAUGCUCUGCCGCCAGUCUGAUGAUGCACCUAACAAAAUCAGCCUCGGGCUACUUUGAAAACAUGUGGCUCUGGGGGGCUGAUCAUAUGAUUGACGAUCCCGAUUGGGUUGAUCCUAAGAACGAUAUGACACAGACCUCGAUAUAUGUUGCUCGAGGCUUUCUAAUCGAAAGCACAGAUCCUACUUGGCUCUAUGGCACCGCCUCGGAACACGCUGUCUUUUACCAGUACAAUUUUCACUCGGCAUCGAACCUAUUUGUCGGUCUGCUGCAAACAGAGUCACCUUACUUCCAGCCAACGCCCCCGCCACCAGCUCCGUUCGCUGACACUCUUGGCAAGUUCCCCGGGGACCCUGACUACACGUGUACUCAAGGAGACGAGUUCAGCGGCUGCGACGAGUCCUGGUCCACUAUUAUGACGGAAUCGGACAACAUCUUCAUUGCGGCUGCGGGUAUCUACUCUUGGUUCUCGACAUACAGCCAGAGCUGUAUCGAUACGCAACAAUGCCAAAAGGCACUCAUGCUCCUCAAAAACAAUUUUGCCAAUAUUCGUAUCACAAACCUCGUGACAAUUGGGGCCAAGUACAUGGCCGUGAUGGACGGCAAGGGCAUCCCCGCCAUUGACAACCUCAACGUUGAAGUCCACCCGAAGUGGUCACAGAUCAGUAUCCUUGAUGUCGGGGGAAACGGUAGUCGCUUCGACGAUUAUGUCUGGAUCGACCCCAAGAUAUGGGAAAUGGAUCAGCCACACUUUACUUGUUCUCUGCCAUGCAAAGCCAUUAUACCUCCAUGGACCGGCGCAACAAGUACUGUGAACUACCCCUUCAUCACCGUCAGCCAGGGAACAUGGACCAGCACCAUCACACAAGCACCAUUGACCAUCACGGAGUGGAUAUUUGAGGCUAUCACAGAGACCGGAGGCAGUGCCGGCAAACAUAAGCGCGCUGCAGAAACCAUUCGACCUGUUCCGGCGACAACGCCUUAUUGGCCUGCCGUUGUUUACAAGGGCAGUGACGGAAAGCCGACCACGACAUCCGCAACUGGGCCCUUCCCCACGCCCCCCAAAUUUAUUGGUCCCGGUGCACCGGCACCACCCUCCGGAAGUUGGCCCAAACCUGAGAUUGUACUUUAUUCCGGCGAUCUGAAUUCUCCGAUUGUGCCGCCGUGCUCUUACCUCGACUUCGAAAACUCAAAAUGCAUCAACCAGCCUUGGUUCUGGGGCAGUGCCAGCGCUCCAGGUGGUGACGAUGGCGACAUUGAGAAUCUAUGGGAAGCAGGGAUCUCAUGCCCUGUUUCCACAAGCACCUCCACAUCAGCAACAUCGUCAACAAAGCCAACUCAAACCCCUGCGCUCUUACGAUUUGUUCAAGGUGAUCCUCAGAGCAACAAAGUCAAGUGUUAUAACAGCGGUGAAGACACGGAAGAUGAGCGAAUGCAGAACGCGGCCAAGAGCUUUUGUGAUAUCCUCUCCCGCAAGAACCUCGGCCCGGGUUUCUACAUAGAAAAGGACUUUCCUUUCCCAUACAAUGGAGGCCUCGGCACGGUCGUCAUCAAGGAGUCGCUCGAAGUCAAAGAAGGAUGCAGCUUUGGUAGCCUCCAUACGUCGGGUAAAAGAGACUUGGAGGGACGAGACAGUGGUUUUGAUGAGACCUUGUGUGAGCGCUACCUUUCUGUGCCGGCAGAUAGCUGCAACUGUGGCGGUAUCAACCAUAAGCAGGGAGGUGUGAUAGAAAAUGAUUGCUACAUAUGGAGGGUGGAUCCGAACCGUAGGCUAUAG